AUGGCUCGGUUUGCUUUACAUCGGGACGCAGCAACUUCUCACUCGCCUAAUCCAACUUCAUCACCUAUAUCAACCUCGGACAAAGAAAAUCGGCGACAAAUUUCCAAUAAGCGUACACAUGCCGCGAUGGCAUCAUCGCGUCUGAACAAGCGACCUCGACUCACAGACCGCAAUUCCAAUAUUCAGUCGCAAGGACCCCCGCCAUCUCAACGGAACGGAGAUACUAGAUACUAUGAUCCAGACCAAGAUGCCGAUGAACGGCGACGCGUACGGAGAGAGCUGAGGGAUCUGAACAGAGAACUGAACGACUCACGAGGCGAGUUCAUGCAAUCUGGAAAUGACGGUCUUUACAAGACGGUUGAAAAGGCAAAUGAGAUUUUCGUCCAAGUGAAGCAGACCUCCGACGCUACGAUCGAUUCCCGCCUUCUAGUCAACGCCGCAGACUUAUCGCACAAGAAAACGGCCCAGCUUGCCCUUGGUGAUUCCUCCGCUGGAAUCGAUGUCGAUGAGUUUGUCUCGAAGUGUAUAUCAUUUAUGCACCGCGGACCUACCAACGCAACGGGAACACCACGCGGAACACAAGGUCGUCGAGGACGAACUCGCCAAAGCCAGCGCGACCCAUAUGCUAGCGACGAGGACGAAGGCGAUGCAAUGAAUUGGGACCACCUGGGCCGGGCAGCUUGCUUCCCACAUAAUGCCAGGCCAGUCGUGCCAGGAUGGUUAUUGGGCCCGCUCUCGGUACAGAAGCGUGCGCGUCAAAUGACCCAGCGCACAGCACGAGAAGCGAUCGAUCCGGAAAACGCAGUAAAACCGAUAGAACUGCAACAGGGAGAUCUUGGUCAACAGGACAGCGUCAAUUUGACACAGACAUGUUCAGAAAUUAACAAACUACUCGGAAACACACAGAAAGAACGUGAAAGGAAAGCCGAGAGAAAGCUACAGAACAUAGAGAAUCCCACCGAAGAUCAGUUACGAGGCGUGUUCGAUGAAUGUGGCAUCGCUGACGACGGCGGAAUUCCCUUGUUCGCUUUCUGCAUUGACCCACAUUCAUUUGGACAAAGUGUCGAGAACCUGUUUUACGUGAGCUUCCUGGUUCGUGAUGGCACCGUUGGUAUAUCAACAGAUAGUCGCCAAUUGCCGACGCUUCACCCCUCGAACCCCUAUGCGCCGAGUGAAGCGCAAAGGCAGGGCAUUCAGAAACACCAGGCCGUAUUCAGCUUGGAUUACGAAACGUGGGAGCAGCUUAUCAAAGUGUUUAAUAUCAAGAAGCCAAUCAUCCCUCAUCGCGAAGAGAUUGAGGGAGAAACGGGCAUGAGCUGGGUCUAG